UCAAUCAUCGCCAUCCAGUGCCAAUCAUUCAACUCACCAUUCUGUCAGCUCCGAUUUAGCACAACCCCGGCCACGGCACAAUGAAUCGUAUCACCACGAAUGUGGAUCAGAAACUGCUGCGCACCACAAAAUUUCCACCAGAGUUCAACCAAAAAGUCGACACAACCAAGAUCAACAUCCCGGUCAUCAAAAACUGGGCCGCGGGUGAGGUGUCAAGAAUCCUAGGCUACGAUGAUGAUGUCGUUAUCAAUCUCCUUUUCGAUCUUUUGGAAGGCUCCAAGAAUCCCGAUAUCAAAUCGCUGCAAAUCCAACUAACAGGAUUUCUCGAGAAAGACGCAGCUCUCUUCUGCAAAGAACUCUGGAAUCUUUGUUUGAGUGCUCAGAAGAGUGAUACAGGAAUACCACAACAGCUCGUUGAGGCGAAGAAGUUGGAGCUUAUUCAAGAAAAGGUCGAACAAGAAAGAGCUAUUGAAGCUGCGCGACAGCGCAGAGAUGAUGAGAGAGCUCGCGAGAGAGACGUGGAGAGUAUUCGUAAUCGCGACCGCGACCGCGACCGCAGAGAUCGGGGUGGUCGGGGACGAGGCCGCGGUGGAGGCCGCGAUCUUGAUCGUCGACCUCCCAGGGACUAUUCCAGGUCGCAGUCACCACCUUCCAGACAAUCUCAUGGCUCUGGGGAUUUUCGUCGUAACAGACCUUCGGCUAGAGAAACGGAUUCGUACGUGCCAGCAGGAGAUGCCAGUGGCCGUAGGGGUGAGAGACGCCAGCGAUCGCCUUCUAUCGCACGUCGUAGUCCUGGCUCAUCGUCGCCUCGCCGUGCAUCUCCGCCCAGAUCACGAAGGACGGUACGACGCAACACCUCAAGCGAGCGCAGUCGCAGUCGUUCCACAGAACAUCGGCAUUCGAAGAGGCCGGCCGAUUCGCAACGAGGAGAGCGCCGGCGCCGAGAUGUAUCGCCCUAUUCACGAAGACGUUCACCGCCUCCAAAGCGUAGAAGAGGCUCGAGUUCUUCCCCCAGACCGAGGCGUCAUCGAUCUCGUACGCCUUCUAGAUCUCGCAUGAGUCGCAACGCCAGGAACGGCAACGAGAGCGUGUCUCCACCGCAUCGUCGACGUUCCCCUUCAUUCUCCGAAGAUAUGCAGGACAGACGUGCUAAUGUUGUAAAGGACCGACAUUCGGGCACGACUCGCGGAUCUCGUCGCAGUCAGAGCAGACAGCGUUCUCGAAGCCGUUCUCGCGAUGCUCGUAGACGUUCGACAUCUUCGAGCAAGCCACAUGAGGGGAGACGGUACACACCCGAAGCCAACGAGACCACGACAAAGAUGAGUGACGAGAAUCAAGGAAACAGCAGCGCUGGAGCAGCAGAGGAGGUGGGUAUUACUUCUUAAAUGUCAUGAGACCGAUUCGAUUCGAGCACAUGAUUCUUCUUACUCUGCGCUCAUAGGUUACAAGUGGGAUUGAGUGUAUCAAUAGUUGUUAUACCAUAUAUUUAUGAUGACCAUCUCGCCGCGACAUGCAGCUCUGCUCGUUUUGC